AUGUUUAAAAAGGACAUAUCCUCGGCGCCCAAGUCCAAGCUCAAGUCCUCCGUCCAACGGUCCCUGCGCGGGUCCCUCCUCUCGACCUACCCGCUCCUCAAUCCCUACAUCGAUGAGGUCCUCCCCAAGAAGGCCUCCCUCGAGCAGAUGAAGCUGCCUGACCGUGCAUCUCUGUACGUCAUCGACGGCGAGCCUGUGUUCUUCCAGCAUGACGGCGGCACCCUCCUCCCACACCUGCGGCUCGUCCACCGCUUCCCUGCCGCCUUCCCCACCGUACGCAUAGAUCGUGGCGCCAUCCGCUUCGUGCUGAGCGGGGCCACUCUCAUGGCGCCGGGUCUGACGAGUAAAGGCGGCCGCCUGCCGGAGCCGCGUGAUGGGGACGAGGGCGUGGAUGAGGACGGCCGCUGGAGCCGUGAGCUGGACAAGGAGGAGCCCGUGGUCAUCACGGCGGAGGGCAAGGAGCAUGCGUGUGCCGUGGGCCUGCUGGUCGCUGGGACGAAGGAGGUGAAGGAGAAGGGCAAGGGCCCGGUGGUCGAGGAGGCGCAUUUCCUCGGUGACGGGCUGUGGAAGCUGAACCUGGACUGA